ACAACUUUCUGACUCUUCCAAGAAUAGCAUUUUAUCUCUCUCAGGAUAACAAACAAAACAAAACAAAACAAAAGUUUCUCAUAAAACCUCUCUGUUUUCUUGUUUCCUCAGAGAGAUGCAAUAUUUUUCUUUGUAUUAUUUUUUAUGCUUCUGGGAAUUUUUUUUAAUGGAACUUUAACUUGAUGCCAAGGCUUCCUCUCUUAUUGGAGGGCAACACAGAGAAAGAAGAAGGUAAAUAAAAAACCACUGGAGCUAUGGCUGUUGAAGAGACAGAGAAGAAGAAAGAAAGCAAAGAGGAACAAGAGAUAGAGCUUCACAGGAACGACUUAGGCCUCGAACAUUCAUCAUCAUCAGGUGUACUUGGCAUCACAAUUAUGAUGGAUCCAGACAUAGACAAUAGCAGCACUUAUUACAGUACUUGCAGCUCUUGCUCCCCUGACGAUGAAUCAUCAUCAUUAUCCUCUCCAUUUUCGAAUACUCCUAAUAAAAUCGUUUCGUCUUCCUAUCAUGGUGGUCUUCAAUGGAACAAAAUGAUCGAAUCCAUCAAGAAGAAGUCCAUACGAAGAUUCACUGUCAUUCCUCUCCUAGCAAGUUACGAAUUAACGCGUAAAAACUUGCGUCGCAAGCAACCUAAGCUCCCUUUCCCUCCCUCUGAGAAUGGCUUCCCCUGUGAACGUUUCUUUAUGCCUAAACCCUCUUGGCGAAACUUCACCUACGAAGAGCUCGUUGCAGCCACCGAUGAUUUCAAUCCUGAGAAUAUGAUUGGGAAGGGAGGACAUGCUGAGGUAUACAAAGGGGUCUUGCCUGAUGGUGAGACGGUGGCGAUCAAGAAACUUAUGAGUCACGCCAAGGAGGAAGAAGACAGAGUGAGUGAUUUCCUUUCAGAGCUAGGUAUAAUCGCACAUGUAAACCACCCAAACGCAGCGCGGCUUCGAGGUUUCAGCAGUGAUCGUGGUUUGCAUUUUGUGCUUGAGUACGCUCCCCAUGGUAGCCUCUCUACAAAGCUCUUUGGAUCAGAGGAGUGUCUGGAGUGGAAGAUAAGGUAUAAAGUGGCUCUAGGUAUAGCUGAUGGUCUAAGUUAUCUUCACAAUGUUUGCCCUAGACGGAUCAUUCACCGUGACAUCAAAGCUUCUAACAUAUUACUCAGCCGAGAUUUUGAUGCUCAGAUUUCAGAUUUUGGACUAGCAAAAUGGUUACCAGAGAACUGGGCUCAUCAUGUUGUAUUCCCCAUCGAAGGAACAUUCGGGUAUAUGGCUCCAGAAUACUUCAUACACGGCAUUGUUGAUGAGAAGAUUGAUUUGUUUGCCUUUGGUGUGUUGCUUCUAGAGAUCAUAACCAGUCGUAGGGCUGUUGAUACAGCCAGCAGACAAAGCAUCGUUGCAUGGGCAAAACCUUUUCUGGAGAAGAACAGCGUUGAGGACAUUGUGGAUCCUCGGCUAGGAAAUGAGUUUGAUCCAACAGAGAUGAAACGAGUGAUGCUAACAGCUUCAAUGUGUAUACAUCAUAUAGCCACAAUGCGACCUGACAUGACCCGGGUAGUGCAGCUGUUGCGUGGAGAAGACGGCCCAGCUGAGCUAGAGCUACAGCAGAAGCCAGGUCAAGGAGGGGCGGUGAUUGUGAACGCUUGCGAUCUACAGGAUCACACCUCCUCCUCAUACCUCAACGAACUCAUCCGACACAGGCAACUCCUCAUGGAGUGAGUUAGAAACAAUCAAAUCAAAUCAAACUUAACCUCUAAUAACAAACGUGUUUAUGCUUCCACUUUAGUCCCUUAUUCUCUUUC